ACUCUGUUGUAUUAUUAGAUGUCAUUCAGUUCGCAUCUUCACGCCGAGCUGGAAGUGUUUGAUAAUUUUAAAUAGCUUCGCGCUUCGUUCAGUCAUAAUCUACACGAGAACUUUUUUUUGCAAUUCCUACAGCUGUUACAAAUAUAUUGCGGCUAGUGUUUAUUGAAUAGAAUUUAUAAAAAAAUUUGGUCUCUGCUAUGGCAUUAAUUGAAGUGAAAGACAUUGAUAAUCUGUUUAAAAUUGAUGGCUAUUUGAAACCACAUGAACGGGAGAUCCGUCGUAGACAUGGCGUAAUCCAAGACUGGAUCAAACGUAUUGAUAACGAUGAAGGCGGUAUCGAUGUGUUUUCACAAGGAUAUAAGUAUUUUGGUCUUCACAUUCAACAGGAUAAUUCCGUAAUAGCUAGAGAAUGGGCACCUGGAGCAGUACAACUAUAUUUGACUGGAGAUUUUAACAAUUGGCAGUGGGUGGAUAAUCCAUACAAAAAACUCGAAUAUGGAAAAUGGGAAUGUUACAUUCCGCCGAGGGAUGAUGGUUCCUGUGCAAUUGCUCACCUUUCCGAAGUUAAAGUUAUCAUUCGAAAGAGCUCGGAUGAGUUGGUCGAUCGAUUGUCGCCAUGGGCGAAGUAUGUGGUACAGCCGCCGAAAGAGGCGAAUCAGGGUACGAAUUAUAAACAGCGUGUAUGGCAUCCACCUGCCCAUCAGAAAUACAUGUUCAAGCAUCGCAAGCCAACGAAACCGAAAUCAUUAAAAAUUUACGAAUGUCAUGUUGGCAUUGCCACGCAAAAUCUUGAAGUCGGAUCAUAUAAGAAUUUUGCAGAGAAUAUCUUACCCCGAAUAGUUCGGCAGGGCUAUAACGCCAUUCAGGUCAUGGCUAUAAUGGAGCAUGCUUAUUAUGCCAGUUUCGGCUAUCAAGUCACUAGUUUUUACGCAGCUUCUAGUCGUUAUGGUACACCUGAUGAUCUCAAGCGUAUGGUGGAUGAAGCUCAUCGAUUGGGGCUGUACGUUCUGUUAGAUGUUGUUCAUUCGCAUGCAUCGAAAAAUGUCCAUGAUGGGUUGAAUCAAUUCGAUGGGACAAACAGCUGUUUCUUCCACGACGGUCCUCGUGGAGAACACAGUCUUUGGGACAGUAGACUGUUCAAUUAUACCGAAUAUGAAGUUUUAAGAUUUUUGAUAUCGAAUUUGAGAUGGUGGAAAGAUGAAUAUAAUUUCGAUGGAUAUCGCUUCGACGGCGUCACAUCGAUGCUCUAUCAUUCCCGUGGAAUUGGCGAAGGUUUCAGUGGCGAUUACAAUGAGUAUUUUGGCCUUAACGUGGACACAGAUGCGAUUGUUUACCUGGCGCUAGCUAAUUUCCUAUUGCAUCGCAUGGACAGCGAAGUAAUAACAAUUGCCGAGGAUGUGUCAGGCAUGCCUGCGUUAUGCCGUCCAGUUAGCGAAGGUGGUAUUGGUUUCGAUUAUCGUCUCGGUAUGGCAAUACCUGAUAAAUGGAUCGAAUUGUUGAAAGAAGCCCGUGACGAGGAUUGGGAUAUUGGUAACAUUGUGCACACGUUGACAAAUCGACGAUGGAUGGAAAAAACUGUUGCGUAUGCUGAGUCGCACGACCAGGCGUUGGUUGGCGAUAAGACAUUAGCGUUCUGGUUGAUGGACAAAGAAAUGUACACGCACAUGUCGACCAUGUCGGACUCGACCUUAAUCAUCGAUCGAGGAAUCGCGUUACACAAAAUAAUUCGCUUGCUCACAAAUUCGCUGGGCGGUGAAGCGUAUCUGAACUUUAUGGGGAAUGAAUUUGGUCAUCCAGAAUGGCUAGAUUUCCCGAGAGUUGGUAACAAUGACUCGUAUCAUUAUGCACGGCGACAAUGGAAUUUGGUCGAUGAUCCUCUGUUGAAGUAUAAGUAUUUAAAUGAGUUCGAUCGAGCCAUGCAUACUACGGAAGAAAAAUAUCAUUGGCUAUCCAGUAAUCCGGCUUAUGUGAGCAUGAAACAUGAAAGUGAUAAAGUGAUCGCAUUCGAACGGGCCGGACUGGUGUUCGUAUUUAACUUCCAUUCAACGAAAAGUUUCACUGACUACAGAGUUGGUGUUGAUGUGGCCGGUGCGUAUUCGGUUGUGCUUAGUUCGGAUGAUGAAAUAUUUGGUGGACACAAUCGUAUCGAUAAAACUUGCAAACAUCUAACCGAUCCAUUGGGUUUCGCUAACAGAAGGAAUUUCAUUCAGGUGUACAUACCAUCACGAACUGCAUUAGUAUUGGCCAAGGUAGAUUGAAGAGGAAAAUGUUAUUUUGUAAUUGAAUUUUUAUAAAAGUUUUGUUACUGUUGAGAAUAUUAUAUUAAAGUCUUGAAGACGUUAAAUUGGCAAAAAUAACUUUAUUUGGUCUCUGUGGCUGUGCAAGGUACACGCAAUGAUUGCCUAAACAAAAUGUGUUCCUAAUACUAAAAGUAGUUUUUAAAAAAAUUGUUGAUAGAAGUUAGGGCAGGAAUACUAAGAAAUGAAGUAUCGAUACUGUGAGGAAUUACUACAAAACAAUUCUCGGUUCAAUGCUUCUUCGUCGUCUAAAGCUGCUAAAUACUUGAAUGUAGAAUUUCCCAUCAUUAAACAAAUUAAUUUCAUGGAACAUUCC